UCAGAAAAGGAAACGCGUGAGCUAGCUCGCUCACACGCACGCACGUACUGUAAAUCCCAUCCCAAUCCGCUCUCCUCUCACCACGGCGGCUCAAAGAAGACGAUCGCCAGCAUGAUUGUGUGCAACCCACAGAAGAUUUGGUUCCCAAGUAUAGCGCCGAGCGUUAACGGGCAGAAAUCUUGGCAGCAUCCACAGGGGAUCCGGCGCAAGGAGAAGGAAUUAAAGCGGGGGAAUUCGCAUGAAUGGCAGACAGCGCACCCGUAUCGCGACCGAUCCCUCCGGCAUCAAUGCUGAGAUAACAGCUCACUUUCCCGUCCGGGGAGUGCAUGCCGCCGCGCCCCGGUUUAAAUACGAGCGCCUCCGCGUGCGUGCCUGACUGGAUUCAUCUGGAGGAGGCCGAUCGAUCCAUCGGUCGAACGGCGGCCAUGGCGAGUGGCGGCGGCGGAGUGAUGGCCGGGAAGAAGAGGAAGUCCGCGGAGAUGGGCCGCGUGGACGUGCCGGCGAGGCGGGAGCCGCGGCGCGGGCUCGGUGUGGCGGCGCUGGAGAGCAUCAGGGCGCAGCUCGAGACGGCCGAGAACUUCUACGUGUUCCCGUCGCUCGCAACGGCGGCGGCGGCGGUGGCGCCGCCUCCGACGCCCCCGCUGCCGUCCCUGCUGGCCGGACACGUCGCCGGCGUGCGGUUCGACCCGUAUGUCGGAAAUGGAGGAGCGCAGAGGGAUUACUAUCCUCACUACUACGGCGGUGAGCACUACACUUUGGCACGCAGGUACAUGCAGCAGCUGCAGGCGUCGAGCGGCCAGCCGGCGCCACGCCACCAUGAUCACCACCAUGCAUGGCAGAGCAACGCCGCGGCCGUCGCUGCGCCGGCGCCGCCUGUCUUGGAGCGGGACCACCGUCGUCGAGCCCAGGCGCACGGCGGCGGCCAUGCGAGGAAGCCUCGUGUUGCGUUCGUGGACCUUGUCGACUCCGAUGAGGAGGAUGGCCGCGGCAGCGCCGAAGAAGAACUGGACCUCGAGCUCAAGCUCUAGCUGAUACGAUGAUUGAGAUAGAACACGAUCUUUUUACCUUGCUGGUUUGGCCACUUAUUAGCUGCUCCCGUCCGACUGAAACGAUGGACGGAUUCUUUAAUUUGUUCUUUCUGCAUAGAUCGAGGUUGUAGCAGUGCAGACUUCCUGUGCUGUGUAGUCAUGUACUGUACGUAUGUACACAUGUUCA